UUUUGGCGGGCUUUUUUGGGUGAUGAGUGGAGUGAGGAGGGAUUUUUACAAUUCGUUCUUAUUAAUUUGCGGCCAAAUGCGACUGCUGCAGAAUAUGAAAAUGAGUAGUACACAUCCAUACGAGAAGAUCACUAGGUCAGUUUAUAAAAAGCAUGUUAUAGAUAUUAAAAGUCCCGACGCGAUUCUCCAGGCUGCUAACCUGCUUGAAUCUGGCAAAGUAAUUGGCCUUCCAACGGACACCGUGUACGGGUUAGCUUGCAGUGCGAACGACCCAACCGCGAUCAAAAAGUUGUACGACAUAAAAGGAAGAAUCUGUACCAAACCGAUAGCGAUUUGCGUUCCAGAAGUUAAGGAUGUUUUGUACUGGGGCAAAGCCGAUCAUUUACCGAUGGGGUUGUUGCAAGAGUUGCUCCCGGGAGCGGUCACCAUUGUGGUGAAAAAGUCUCACUACUUGGACAAUCCAUUCCUCAAUCCGGGGGUAGAAAAAAUAGGAAUUCGAGUACCAAAAUUUAAUUUUAUUAGACAUGUAACCAAACAGUUUAAGGCACCGAUGGCGUUGACUUCGGCAAACUUUAGCUCCCAAAAGAGCACACUUGAGAUAACCGAGUUUAAGGCAUUGUGGCCAGAGCUGGGUGCGGUGUUCGACGGUGGCCAGCUCGGGCAGUCCGAGGAACAACGGGCAGCGUCCACCGUGAUUGACCUUUCAGAGCCACGAAAGUUUGAGAUAAUUCGAACGGGAGUGGCCAUCAAGCGCACCAUUGAACUACUAAAGCGCUACCGUUUCGAAGAGAUCGUAAAGAGAGCUACGUGAGACUCGGAAAUCUUGUUUUAUCAACAGACGAGGAACAUAUGAAUUUUAAAUAUUUGAAAACGGAUGUAAUCUUAGUUUAAUUUUGAAAAUUGUACUUACCACGAACACUUUUUUUUCUUCAAAAUGAAACAAAUUCUAUGAAAUUGCAUUUUUGAAAGGCUUUUAAAUCCUGGAAAAACGACGACGUCGUCGUUCGUUUUUGCUUG